CAGAGCAUAAACUUAAACCCUCUGCAAAGCCCUACUAGUUGUUCUAUUAGUUGCCAUUUCUGAUUUCAUUUUCUGUGAAUUUGAUUUCCAAUUCAAUUGUUGCUGCAAACUGCGAUAGCAAUGUAUCGAUUAGCUCGUAGAGUAGGAUCCUCCAUUGCUUCUCCUUCCGCUAAGAAUCUCGUAUAUGGUGGAGUAUUGUCAAGCAGAAAUUUUGUGAGCAAAGAUAUCAACUUUGGGGUUGGGGCUCGUGCCGCAAUCCUCCAUGGGGUAACUGAGGUUGCUGAUGCUGUCAAAGUUACCAUGGGACCCAAGGGUCGCAAUGUGAUAAUUGAGAGAAGUCGUGGGAAUCCCAGGAUCACAAAGGAUGGUGUGACUGUGGCCAAAAGUAUCAAAUUUAAAGACAAAUCAAAAAAUGUUGGUGCGGAUCUAGUCAAGCAGGUGGCCAAGGCUACCAACACUGCUGCUGGAGAUGGUACAACUUGUGCAACUGUUUUGACUCAGGCAAUACUCACAGAAGGAUGCAAAUCGAUUGCUGCUGGUGUAAAUGUUAUGGAUUUACGUCAUGGAAUAAAUAAGGCAGUUGAUGCUGUAAUUACUGAGUUGAAGAGGAGAGCAUUGAUGAUUAGUACGUCAGAAGAGAUAACCCAGGUUGGAACUAUAUCUGCAAAUGGGGAGCGUGACAUUGGAGAAUUGAUAGCAAGGGCAAUGGAGAAAGUUGGGAAGGAAGGGGUCAUUACUGUCGUUGAUGGGAACACUUUGGAUAAUAAGUUGGAAGUGGUAGAAGGAAUGAAGUUAACCAGAGGCUACAUAUCUCCUUAUUUUAUUACUGAUCAGAAGACCCAGAAAUGUGAAUUGGAGAACCCCUUUAUUCUCAUCCAUGACAAGAAAAUUUCAGACAUAAAUUCACUGCUGAAAAUACUGGAGCUGGCUGUAACGAAAAAAAGACCACUCCUAGUUGUUGCUGAAGAUGUUGAGAGUGAUGCAUUGGCUAUGCUCAUACUCAACAAGCAUCACGCAGGGCUUAAGGUUUGUGCUGUAAAAGCUCCUGGUUUUGGGGAUAAUAGAAGAGCAAGUCUAGACGAUCUUGCAAUUCUUACUGGAGGAGAGGUCAUCACUGAUGAGCGUGGUUUGGCUCUUGAUAAAGUCCAACCAGAAAUGCUUGGCACUGCAAAAAAGGUUACUAUCACCAUUGAUGACACUAUUAUUCUACAUGGUGGUGGGGAUAAGAAGGUCAUUGAAGAGAGAUGUGAACAGCUGAGGACAGCUAUGGAAAAGAGUUCUGCCACAUUUGAUAAAGAAAAAGCACAAGAACGCCUAUCAAAACUAUCUGGUGGUGUAGCUGUUUUCAAAGUUGGGGGGGCUAGUGAGGCCGAAGUUGGGGAAAGGAAAGAUAGAGUAACAGAUGCUUUAAAUGCCACUAGAGCAGCUGUGGAAGAGGGAAUUGUUCCGGGUGGUGGAGUUGCUCUCCUAUAUGCUACCAAAGUCUUGGAUAACCUUCAAACCCAAAAUGAAGAUGAGAAAAGAGGAGUACAAAUUAUUCAAAAUGCACUCAAGGCACCGACGAUUACAAUAGCUUCAAAUGCUGGUUUUGAUGGUGCUUUGGUCCACAGCAAAUUGUUGGAACAAGAUGAUCAUAAUUUAGGUUUUGAUGCUGCUAAAGGUGUCUAUGCUGAUAUGGUAAAGGCUGGAAUAAUAGAUCCUCUCAAAGUUGUUAGAACUGCUUUGGUAGAUGCUGCCAGUGUGUCAUUGCUACUGACAACAACCGAGGCAGCUGUGGUGGAUAAUUCACAUGACAAGAAUAAACCUCCUAGUCGGGUGCCAGAUAUGGAUGAUUUGGAUCUCUAACCUGCUUCACCAAAUGAUGGAAACAAUUUUUUGUACCAAUAUUGGAUUUUUGCUCCUUCCUUUUAAGGAUGUAGUUGAGGCAGAGUUAUAAACUUGGGUGGCAAAAUCUUGUAUUUUACAAAGUGAGGUUAAAAUUAUGAAACCUUCUAUUUACAAUGUUUUAGGGAAAAUCACAUCUCAUGCUUGUUAUCCUCAUUGAUAGGAAAAGAUGAAAACUUGUCUCAUGCUAUAGGUGUCGUUCAUCCAAUUUAUGUAACAAGUGCGAACCAAAGAACUCUGAAAGUCGAGUUUCUGCUCCAUCCCCCCGCCCUCUAUUGUAAUGCAAUUUGCUUAGUAACCAAAUCCCAUUUUGGGUUCUGUUGUUUAACCAUUCAAUUAAUUUUUACUUCUUUUAACAGCUCU